GAGCAGCUAGAGUCGCUAAACGCCUGCAUUGAUGAUCUCAAAAACAAAAACGACCAACUAGAAGCCGAGAAAGUCAAGAUGAAGCAGGAGAUGCAGCAGCUGCGGCGGCAGCAAGUUAUGCAGGCCCGAGAGAGCUCGAAGGCGAAGGAAGCAGCAGAAGAAGCAAAAGCAGCAGCAGCAGCAGCAGCAGCUGAGAAGAAGGCGCUGCAGCAGCAGCUUAGGGACGCGCAGCAGCAGUUGGAAGAGCAGCAGCACGAGCAGCAGCAAUUGCGAAAGCAGCUAGACAAGUUGCAGCGGCAGCACCAGCAGCAGCAGCAGCAGCUGCAGCAGCUGCAGCAGGAGCAAAGCAGACGCGACAGCAGCGACGCAGGGGAAACUGCAGGUCUUGCUGCUGCUGAUGGUGAGGUCUUGAGUGACGCAGCAGCAGCAGCAGCAGCAGCAGAUCCUGCUGCUGCAGAAGAUGAAAAGGAGCAGCAGCUGCAGCAGCAGGAGCAGCAGCAGCAAGAGCAGCAGCAGCAGCAGGACAGCAGCGGAACUGGAGACCGCCCAGAGUUGUUCGGAAGCGGCAGCAGCGAGCCUGAGGAUGCAGCAGCAGCAGCAGCAGCGGAUGCUGCUGUUGCUGCAGCAGGACGCAGCAAAAAGAGCAGCAGCAAAAAGAGAAGGAGAGGAGCUGCCAAGGAGAGCAGCAGCAACUCAAAGAGAAGGAGACUAAAGAGACCAGCAGCAGCAGUAGCAGCAGCAGAGUCCGGCAGUGCAGAAAGCAACAGUGAGACAGAAAAUGAGGAGACGCAGCAGCAGGAGCAGCAGGAGCAGCAGCAAGAACAGCAGCAAGAGCCUCAGCAUGAGCAACAGCCGCAGGAGGAGCAAACGCAGCAGCAGGAAGAGCAGCAGCAGCAGGAAGAGCGGCAACAACAGCAAGAUCGGCAGGAAGAGCAGCAACAGCAGGAAGAGCAGCAGCAAGAGCAGCAGCAGCAGCAAGAGCAGCAGCAGCUGCAAGACCACAAGGCAGACCUGCCUGCUGCCGACAGCGAAGCUAGCAGUGCCAAGUCCCCAGCAGCAGCAGCAGCAGCAGAAGAGCAGCAGCAAAGGGAACUGCCUGAAGCUGCAGCGAGCACUGAUGCUGAACCUAUGGACCAGCAGCAGCAGCAGCAGCAGCAGCAGGCAGAAGGGGCAAGCGGCGCAGCAGCAGAUGCAGACUCCUCGGAAAGAGCGGAAACGGCAGCAGCAGCAACGCAGGCAGCAGCAGCAGCAGACGCAGCAGAAGCAGAAGCAGCAGACGCAACAGCAGCAGCAAAAGAAGCUGAAGCGGGAGCAGCAGCAGCAGUAGCCACAGAAGCAUCAGCAGCAGCAGCAGUAGCCACAGAAGCAUCAGCAGCAGCAGCAGCUGCAGAGUCAGCAGCAACGGAGGCGGCAACUGCAGCAGAAGAUGCAGCAGCAGAAUCCGCAGCAAAAGCAACAGAAGCAGCUGCAGAAGCAGAAGCAGCAACGGCAGCAACAGAGGCAACUGCAGUAGCAGAAGCUGCAGCAGCAGCAGAAGCAGCAGCAGAAAGCAGCAGUGAAGAAGAGAUGCCCCUGGGUAUGCUGGCAGCCAAGCGAGGCGCUGCUGCUGCUGCUGCUCCUGCUGCAGCAGCUGCUGCACCCGGAGCAGCAAGAGGGAGAAGGGGCAGGGGAGGCGGCGCAGCAAGAGCAGCAGCAGCAGCAGCAGCAGCAGCAGGCAGCAGCAAAGGGAAGGCAAAGGCAGCUCCUAAGGCAAGAGGAGGAAGGAAGAAGAAUAAAUGA